AUGUUUUGGUUCAAGGUUAGAGUGGCAGCAGGGAAUAAAGAAUCCUUGAAGCGUGCCAUCAGACGGGCUAAGAGAGACACCGUACCUGCAGAACUAGAGACGAUCUCGUCCAUACCGUUCCCACUACCCGAAUCGUAUACUACUACAUCUUCUGACGAGCGAUUUCUCGUCUAUGACAACGGCUCUGAAUCUGCACGUGUAUUAGUAUACUGCAGUCGUGUCGGGUUAGAGUUGCUGGGCGAAGCAGAUACGUGGUUUAUGGAUGGAACGCACUCGACAGCGCCACGACAAUUCGUACAGCUGUUUUGCAUCCGGGUGCCACUUGGAGAAGGACACGCUACAGCUGCAUACAGUCUCCUACCCGGCAAGCAGCGAGAACAUUACGAGGAGUUCCUCAUCGCCAUCCUGGAUGCUACGGGAAGACGUGCGGCCAUCGCCAUCAACUUACUAACUGUGGAGACGAGGAAGCAGGACAGAGAUGGAGAUGUUCUUGAAGAGAGUCAUAGGGACAAUCAGAAGCAGUUUGUUUUGCUUAAAGGAACCGUGUUGAAACUAAUUGAUCUUCAUCAACACUAUGAGGUACAGUUUAAGAAACCAGGCAUCAAAAAGAAGUCUGUGUGGUGCAAAAUUGCUGCCGACAUUAACACAGAGAAAGAAGUUCAAGUAAGUGCAACACAGUGUGAACAGAAAUGGAAAAACUUAACAAAAACAUUCAGAGAUACGGUAGACCACAACUCCAAAUCUGGAAAUGAGCGCAAAGAAUGUUCAUUUUUCAAGGAACUUCAAGAAAGCUAUGGCUACCGACCAAAUGUAAAACCCAUUUAUGUCAGUGGUUCACACUGUUCAUCCUCAAAAGAAAGUGAUGAAACAGAGGAGGAAAAUUCAGAAAUGAACGAUGAAAAAUUACAACCAAAAAUCAAGACACCAAUACAGAACAGAAAAGAUGCAGUUGUUGAACUGAUGAAUGAAAUGAGGGCAGAUUUUCGAGAAGAACAAAAGCAGUUACUGAGCAGUCUUGCCCAGCAGCAUGAGGACAGAAUGAACAACGAAAAAUGCAAGUUAGAUCUUUUGGCAAAGUUGGUUUCAGCUAUUGAGAAAAACAUUAAAAACCUAUUUAGCAAUGUUAGUUGUUUAGUUGUUACCGGUAGUUGCAUCUACUGACUUCUACUUUUCCAUCUACUGACAAAAAAUGUCUAGUCAGCUUUAUCUGUUGAACUUUGUCAGGAAGACAAAUCAUUCAGAAUAGAUAUUGUCAGUUUUAUUAUUGUUGAAUACUUUGUCAGGAAGAAAAAUGUUUAUGCCCCCUCCUUCGAAGAAGAGGGGGUAUAUUGUUUUUGGCCUGUCUGUCAUUCUGUCCCAAAACUUUAACCUUGGUUAAAGUUUGAUAACUUUUGAAAUAUUGAAGAUAGCAACUUCAUAUUUGGCAUGCAUGUGUAUCUCAUGGAGCUGCAGAUUUUAAGUGGUGAAAAGUGAAGGUCAAUGUUAUUCUUUAAGGUCAAAGGUCAAUUAUCAUUGUAUGUUUCUGCCCUUGGUUAAAGUUUGGUCAUAACUUUUGGAAUAUUAAAGAAAGCAACUUGAUAUUUGGCAUGCAUGUAUAUGUCAUAAACCUGCACAUUUUGAGUGGUGAAAGGUCAAGGUCAUCCUCUAAGGUCAAAGGUAAAAAAAAG